UAUAAAUCUGCUAACUAGCUAGGUAUUCGAAUGUCUUUGUGCUCAUCAACAGCUGUCGUGAUGAAGUAUAUAUCAGCGCUAUUUGCUGCCUUGACCAUUAUCGGUCUUGGACAAGCUCAUCAGUUCCCGGAUUUUGGCAAUGGUCCUGUUCAUGAGGAUUUCCAAGACUUUUUGGACUUAAUUCCUUAUAAAGAAAUUCAAACCAUCGUUUUGGAUUACGUAUUAGGAGAUUCGGAAGUACAAAAAGCUGUUAGUUAUCUUAAAACUUCGACCGUAUUAAAAGACCUGAUGAUAAAUUUGGAAGCUAUUCCUGAAGUGAUUAACAUUCUAAAUUAUUUGCAAAAGGAAGGUGUCGAUGCUUAUUCAUUAGUAAAUAAAGCUAACGAUGCUCUCGGUAUCGAUAGGAUCACACCACCUCCUCGUUUAUAUUCCUUGGUCAUACAGAGGACUGGUGGGAUUGCAGGACUCAUCAAAGAUAUUACGGAUGUGAUUCCUAUUGCCAAGAUCAUUCGUACUUACGUGCAAAAGAUGAAAACUUCUUCAGCUUUCGUCGGUUUUGUCAAUCAACUUAAGUCAGACAAUGCUCAGCAGGCCGUAAACAAAGUCUAUCAAAUUAAAUCCUUGCAGAUCAUUUUGAAUGGACUCAAAAGCAGCGGAGUGAAUACGCAGGUUACAGCUGACGUCAUAUAUAUUGUCCUCGGCCUUAACGUACCGAACGAUGUUACUGUUUACCAAGAACCUACGCUGGAAGACGAAUUGAUGGAUUUUGUGGAUCUUCUUCCGGUUGAUUAGAUUAUUGAGUUAAUUUAAAGUAUAGAGCCGAAGAUGAAAAAGUACAGCACUCUCUGCAAUACUUGCAGACACCAAAAUUCCAUACCAGUUUGUGCGAUCUUGAAGCUCUUAAAGAAUAUCAAGCAUUAGUAGUAUAUCUAGAGGAAGCUGGAUUGAAAAUGUUACUGAUCACAUCAAAACAUUUCAUAAGGCUAUUGGCAU